AAGCGCCCUACAAAUCUCAGCGCUGUUUAUGCCAACUCCCGAUUUCGGGGAACCAAUUUUUCCAGUCCACUGAGCUCACCGAGAAGCCGGAGGAGACGCCGGCCUGAGGUGGACCCGCCCCGACGGCAGCGGCAGGAAGCGGCAGAGCUCGGCCCGGAAGAGGACGGCUGCGGCGGGGGCUCGGCAACGCUGGAGGCGCAGGUUUUCAGAAUGGCUUCCUUGGAUGAUGCGCCCUUGAAUUAUGAAAAGAUGUUUGCUCAUCGGUUCACAUCAGAUGACGAAGAGUACCAAGAAUAUCUGAAACGUCCCACAGAUCCCCCUCCUAUAGUUGAAGAAUGGAGAAACAGAUCUGGGGGCAACCAGAGGAACAGAGACCGGUUUCAAGAUGGUAGAUAUUUUAGAGGAGACAGAUACAACUGGCAAGGGGACUACAGAUAUAAUCAGAGGCAGGAAAGAAGUUGGGGCAAUAACUACCAGCAGCACAGACAAGGGCAGUCAUACUCCUCUCCCUAUGGACAAUAUGGCUACAACUCCUACAACCCUGGGCCUCGUUACCAUCCCUACUGAUGAUACUUGUGGGUUGAGAGUCCAGCAAUGCUAUGUAACAAAUUCUGUUAGUCUUCAGUUUUGUUAUUUUUCCACAGUUUUAUAGAUAAGAAGAGUGUUUACAGUCCACUGCUCUUUAUCUGUAGUGUGAGUUGAAAAAUGGAGCACCUCUUGUGAAUAAUGUUAUACAGAGACUCUUUAGGGUCUAUAGAUGUUAAAUUUCUAUCAUUCUUUUGUCUGAAUACAUACUAGUACACUUCUUUUCUUCCAUCACCAAGAUAUGUCUCCUACAUUUUACAAAACACAACAGGUCAGGGGAAAAUAGCUGCAAUUUGUGUGCAGCCUGUAGCAAUGGCACAUUGCCUUAAGAUAGGUCUUAAGAAAGUGACAUACUGCGUCUUUCUCUGGACAGAAUUUCUUAGUUUGACUUUUGAUAGAAAAGCUUAGUUCAGUUUGAAUUUCAGAUGCCUUAAAACUGAGAAGACAGAUGCUAUUACAGAAAUAUUUUAUGGGGUUGACAUAGUGUCUGAUGACUCAAUGGCUUCAAUUUAUUUGCAGUAUGCCUCUUAAAACAGGUUAGAAUUUGGAAUAAAAAAUUAAGUAGUUUAUGUAUCUUUUUAUUGUAGCAGUUCUGUGAUACCUAGAUUUUGCCUGAGAAGUGAUAGCAGACUUAGAUUAAUUUGUAUAGUCUUAAAAUAAAUUGGGUACAUGCGUAACAAAUUCUGGAUUUCCCAUUUCAGUAAAGCUGUGAAAUUUUGAUGCUAAUUGUAAUUAGUUUGUAUUAAACACUUUCUGCAUGUUACAGAAGAAAGGAACCAUAGUCAGCACUGUCCUGUACUUUUUGCAUGAGAAAAUUAGGCAUAAGCAUUGAGUGCAGAGCAUUAGUCCUUAGAAUUUAAGUUUUGUGGGUUUUUUUAAGUAUUCACACAAUAAAAGUAUAGUUCACACAGAA